ACUUUAAUUUACUUUACUUUGCCGAUUACUUUUUUUUUCUUUUUUCUCUUCACGCGGGUGAUUUUAAAUGGCCCGCCGAUGCUCCGGUGAUGAGUAUUUCGACAGCCUGCUCAGUGCCUGCAGGUCCUGCUCGCUGCGCUGCUCCGGGGUGCCCCCCAGCGUGUGUCGGGCGCACUGCACCACCGUGAAUGACAAUACAGUUGAGCCAAAGCUUCCAGAAAAAGAAGAGGUGCACGUCAUGUGGAUCAUCAUCGGCGUCAUUCUGUUUUUGACGGCGGUGGUCUUAAGUUUCACAGUAUCCAUCCAGUUUCUACAGAGGAAGAAAUCUAGACUUCUGCUUACUGAGAAAUCAGAGCCAGGAAGGGAACAGUCAGCAGAAACUGGGAAUGCCGACACAAGGUACGCAGAAGCCACUAUGGAGACAGGAUGCUGCGAUGAGAAAUUUGAUGAGGAAAACGUCUCUGCCAUUAACGAAGUCACUGUCACCCCAAGGGAGGAGCAAAUGGACAGGACACUUCAGUAUCCACGCUGUUUGCCACUCCCAGCUACUGAAGAAGGAGCCACAAUCCUGGUGACCACAAAAACAGCUCAGUUAUGCAGCCAUGAUGCAUAUGAAGGAGGCGUAAAAGUCCAGGGGGUCUGGCGUGCCUUCUUUACAGCCUGA